GUCACCUUACAUCAUCACCGGAAACUCCUCCUCCACAUUCACUCCCUGCCGAAGAUGGCGGACGGUGAAAAUAAACGGGCCGGACCCGCCAGCACCGGCGGCUCUAUUGAGCCGGACGAGCCGGUUUUAAAGAGACCGAGAGUAAGCAUAGACCCGUCCAGUCAUUUGGACAACGGCGCUUCUGUCGGAACCGAACCGGCGGAGUCAGAACCGGCGGUGACGGAUCAGACCGAUCAGGCCUCAGUAAAGCACCCUGAACCCGGACGGACCGCCGAACCCGAGAUGUCCGAGUUGAUUGAUGAAGGUUUACAUUCUAAUGGAUUCAUCUCACCCGAUCGUCUUCAUGAUGAUGAUGAGGAUGAUGACCGUUCAUCUCGUGCCAGCUCCAGCGACUGGACCCCUCAGCCACAGAUCGGUUCCUACCGGUUCAUUCAGCAGCACAUCAUGAGAGGAACCGACCCGAGAGAGAUUCUGAAGGACCUGCUUCCUGAGACCACCCUUCCAUUGGAUCUGGAUGACAUGACGCUGUGGCAGAUCAUCAUCAACAUCUCAGAGCCACCGAAAAGGAAGAAGCGCAAAGACAUUAACACUUUAGAGGACGUCGUCCGGCUCCUGAACGAGGGAAAGAAAAUUCUUGUCCUCACUGGUGCCGGGGUAUCAGUUUCCUGUGGAAUUCCUGACUUCCGAUCAAGAGAUGGGAUUUACGCUAGACUCGCCGUGGAUUUUCCGGACCUUCCCGACCCUCAAGCGAUGUUCGACAUAGAAUAUUUUAAAAGAGACCCGAGGCCUUUUUUCAAAUUCGCAAAGGAAAUCUACCCUGGACAAUUCCAGCCGUCUCCAUGUCACAGAUUUAUAUCAAUGUUGGAUAAGAAAGGAAGGUUACUACGAAACUAUACUCAGAAUAUUGAUACACUGGAGCAGGCUGCUGGGAUCCAGAAGAUAAUUCAGUGUCACGGGUCUUUCGCCACAGCAUCUUGUCUUGUGUGUAAACAUAAGGUGGACUGUGAGGCCAUAAGGGAAGAUAUAUUCAACCAGGUUGUUCCUCACUGCUUGAGGUGUCCGUCAGACAUCCCUUAUGCCAUCAUGAAACCAGACAUUGUUUUCUUUGGUGAGAACCUUCCAGAAUUUUUCCACCGAGCCAUGAAGCAGGACAAGGAUGAGGUUGACCUGCUCAUUGUGAUCGGCUCCUCGCUGAAAGUGCGGCCAGUUGCUCUAAUACCAAGCUCUGUCCCUCAUGAAGUGCCUCAGGUGUUAAUAAACCGCGAGCCUCUGCCGCACCUGAACUUUGAUGUGGAGCUGCUCGGAGACUGUGAUGUCAUCAUAAAUGAGCUCUGCCAUCGUUUGGGUGGCGACUUCGAGCAGCUGUGCUUCAACUCCUCACGUCUCAGUGAGAUCAGAGAGAAGCCCCCCGCAACGUUACCUCCUCCACCUGAGCCGCUGUCUGCUGAGAGCACAUCUGCAGAGGACACGAAUGCAUCGGUUCAUUCAUCAGCGCUCACAGACUCCUCCGAGAUCACCAGACUCACUAACUGUCAAAAUGCACCAGCUCACAAAACUGAUGAAAUAACAUCAUCACCAGAAGCCAGUAAAACAAGCCCUCUAUCAGAAACAUUAGAUAGACAAAAAACAGACCCCAGCGCACCGAGCCCUGAGUCACAGGUGACGAACUCACAUUCUGUGGAGACGACAGCCACUUGUGCGGAAAAAUCAGACUCCUGUAAAAACCCAGCAUCUGAUGCUACAGAAGCAGAGAGCGCUACAGACGAUGCACAACGUCCUAAAGAAGAAGAACCGAGGGAUCAUCGACGAGUUGAAAUGCCCAGACGCUGCUGGAGAAGUCGAAUCUUUCAGAGUCCAAUCAGCAAACGGCUUGGAGCCUCGCAGUACUUAUUUCAAACACCGAACCGCUACAUUUUCCACGGGGCCGAAGUUUACUCCAGUUCAGAAGAUGAGACGUCCAGUUCAUGUAGCAGUGACAGCGAAGCUUCUCGUUGCAGUGCGGAUGGUUAUGAAAAUGAAGACAGUGAUGUAGAGGAGGAAGGUGGAUCAGUGAUAUUAGAGAGAAACACAGAGGGUUGCCUCGAAGAGACUGUACAGGAAAAUGAACACAAAGGCCUUCAGACGGACUGCACAACAGAUACAAACCUGCAAACCACCACAGACCUUUAAAACAGGCACUCAAUAACUGCGCAUAGGCGCUAGCUGUAUUUAAUGUCCUCAAGUCUGUUUGUUAUAUUUUUGUAUUUCACUCGCCCUUAAACUUUGUUUCUUUUUCUAAUGCAUGCAACUUUCAUUUUGUUUGGCUUAUAAAUGUUCUUUUUUAUCACACCUUUGUAUUUUUGCAUUUUUAGACAACAUGUUUAAUUCCAAUGAAUGUUUUUGCUUGUGGACACAGUGGAAUUCGUCUUUCCAUGUAAUCGUUUGGGAUACAAAGGGAAUGCUUUUCAGACCAAAGAUCACUUUAUCCAUAUCUAUUUUUUUGUCUUACGUUUCUUGCUAAAGCUGUUCAUUGUCCACAAUGUACAUAAAACUGGCAUUUUCCAAACAUUUGGCAGCUAUGUUCAGCCUCCUACUAAUGUAUUUUAUACCUUACAACAUUUGUUAGUCUUCAAAUAGAUGUAGCCUUUUUUCAUUAGUUUUCAGAUUUAAAAAAAAGAAAUAUGACAUGCCUUCACACUCUUGUACUUGUAGAAGUUCUCAAGCACUUUGUGUUUUCUUUACUGUACCUCUUUCUAGAGAACGUAUAAAUGCAUUUCCCUGUUUUUCACUGACUGGGCAUUAAAUCUUUAUGAGAUUAUCAACUUGAAAUAUCAA